CGUGGGGUGCAGGCGCUGCUGGGCGCGAGGCCGCCCGCGCCGCCAUGGCGCUCUACAACAACGGGGCCAACAUGCCUUCGCCCCAGGAGGCCUCCAACGGCUUCUCGCAGCCCGGCGCCUCGGGCACGUGGCACAAGGGCGAGGAGGAGGUGCGGCUGGCGGAGCCCAGCCUCGUGAAGAAGGCUCACCGGGAAAUCCUGGACCACGAGCGCAAGAGGCGGGUGGAGCUCAAGUGCAUGGAGCUGCAGGAGAUGAUGGAAGAGCAAGGGUACUCCGAAGAGGAGAUCCGGCAGAAAGUGGGGACCUUCCGGCAAAUGCUGAUGGAGAAGGAAGGCGUGCUCACCCGGGAGGACCAGCACGGGCGCCAAAUAGUGAUAGAAAACCACCACGCGGUGGACGGGGAGGAGUACGCCGCCGAGUACGCCGAGUACGACGACAGCUGCCUGCUGCAGUGCGACUGCUCGGCCGGGUGCUACCGCGACGACAGCAGCCACCGAGAGUACAGGCUGAAAAGACGGUCAAGCAGCUCCACCUCUCCGCCGCCCAAGAAGAAAAAGAAAAAGAAAUCGGGUCACCGCCGGAGCCGCAAAAAGAGGAAACCUGGCUCGGAGCGCAGCUGUGACAGCUCUUCGCCAAUCCGCAAGGAGAAGAAAAAGAAGGCUGGAAAGAAACACAGACGCGACAGGUCUGAGUCUGGAUCCCGGAAGAAGAGAAGACACAGGUCCAGAAGCCCCAAGAACAAAAGGAAAGAGAAAAACAAAGAUCGCAAGAGGUCCCACAGCGAGUCCUCAGCUUGGCGGUCGCAUAGACGCAGUAGCUGCAGCUCUCACAGUGCUUCGCUCUCCUCCGAUUACAGCAACUCCAAAUCCCCCAGCAGGCUGAGCCCCAAGCACCGUGAGGACGGCCCCAAGGGCAGCAGUGCCCGCUCCAGCCACAGCCCGUCCUCUUCGCCCCGCCGCUCUGCCACGCCGCGCCAGAACGGGCACAAGGGCAGCGCCCAGAACGGCCGCCGCAGCCGCAGCCCGUCGCUCGAGAAGCCGCAGAAUAGGCCAGCCUCAGCGUCCCCUUCUCCCCGGGCCCAUGGCAGGAGCGACCCGCUGUCGCCCCGCGCCCGGGGCGGCAGACACAGCGCGAGGAGCCCCCGCUCGCCCUCGCCAGAGAAGGCAGCCCGAUGUGGGGCCGAGAAGCAUGGCCACCGGCACCGCUCCCGCACCGCCUCGCCACCCCGGCACCGGGGCCAGAGCAAGGCCAGGGCCGCGGCCCCACGGGAGACAUCACCACCAGCACUCAGCCCCCCAGGCUACAGCAGCGACUCGGAGGGCUCAGCGUGCUCACACCCCUACCACCCGCCACCUGGUGCUGAGAAGAACCAUGGCGCUCACACCAAGAAGGUGAAGGAGAGACACCACCGGGGCAGGCCAAACAGUAGCUCAGAGUCAUCGGCCAAGCACUCCCGGCACACAUCUGAGCGAAAGAAGAGCCUGUCCCACAGCACGGGACACAGGAGCAGCUCCUGGAGCUCCAGCGGCUCCGUGUCCAAGUCCCGGUCCCGCUCCCGGGAGAAGCGAGCAGCACGGAGCAGGACCCGGUCUCCAUCGCAGAAAAAAACCGCGAGCAGAGAGAAGGACAACGAGCCCCGAACACGCCACAGUGACCCUGAUCCUGCCCGGGCCAGACGUCGCUCCAGAAGCUAUUCUCCCAUCAGGAAGAGGAGACGUGACUCUCCCAGUUUCAUGGAGCCCAGGAGGAUUACAAGCGCUCGGAAGCGGCCUAUUCCCUACUACCGCCCCAGCCCCUCAUCCUCCAGCUCCCUGAGCAGCUACUCGUACAGCCGGAGCCGGAGCCGCAGCUACGAUAGCUACAGCACCAGCUGCAGCCGCAGCCGGACUCGCAGCCCUUUGAGCCGCUCACGGAGCCCCAGCCGCAGCCCCAGCUACAACAGCCGCAGCAGCUCCGAGAGUGCAGGCUUCUGA